ACGCCACCUGCUCAGCGAUGGCGCAAAUAGCGUAAAAUGGCGUCAGCUGUUAGAAGUCGAACGAGGGGUGAAUAGCGUCUUCGUUUCGGCCAGAGAUAGACGGGACAGGAUCGCCCGUUCCAAAUGUUGCCUGGAUGUGAGAAAAGGACUCGGGCCUCCCUGCAUCGGUGCACAGCAACGAGACGCGUUUCUCCACCUUGACAACACGGAAGGAUGCGUAAGCUGGUGCGAUGAAGCAACAACAGCGCAUGGCGAAAGUGCACAACAUCCAGAACGUUAUUUCAAGGCCAAACUCGACGCUCGCCAAUCUCUUCUCUAUCCAUCCGACUUCAACAGAGUAAAAAUUCCACCGAACGAUUCUUAGGUCGUCGCGCGGGUUCCCAGCGAGGAGACGAAAAUGCUUUACGUGUUCCGUGUGGAUACUGGCAAGAUGAUGACCUUUGAUAUGAACCACGCUUUGGAGAGUGUGGAGCACCUGAAAGGGGUGAUAGCGCAGGAAUGCGACGUUUCCCCCGACAAGCAGGUGCUCCUCGUAAGUGGGGGCGAGAGUCUUCACCCCGCAGCAGCCGUUGGACGGUACAGCGCGGGAACGGACACCAACCCCAUCUUCCUCUUUAAUCGCGCGGCCAUUGAGUCCGAAGUUCCUCUGCAGUCCAGCGAACACCAGCUUUCGUAUCGGGAUAUGCGGGAGGAAGUAGACGCUGCCCUCACGUUGCCUCCCGCCUACAACACGGUGGUAGCGAGGACCCAAUUGGCUCAGGAAUUCUUUGACCUUGCACGGGGUGUCACCAAGGCUUGUGAGCUCCUUGUACACGAUCAGCAUCUCCAACAACAGGGAUGGGCUGCAGUAGUGGCAAACCUAGAGGACACAACAGUAGCUUUCCGUAAUAGGGCAUCUGCAGUUGAACAGGAGUUUCAAAAUUUUCUUCUGUCGCACUCGGACUACUCGGCUUUACUUGAUAGUUUCAGUGAAGAUCUGAAAUUGCUCGGCAAAAUUCCCAUCCUCCCGGCACUGCUCUCUCGGAACACAAGGCCGACAGUCAACGUCCCUUCUCCGUCCCUCCUCGAAUGGAUCAGCUCGAAGGAUGCUCAGAGCAGCUUGGACCAAAUGGCAGAACAGUGUAACCGUGGCUUGAAGCAGUUAAACCAGGGGACACUGGAGAGUCUGCAAGGUGAAGUGCAAGCAGCUCUGAGCGCAGCCGAUAACUCCAACAUGAAGGAAAUAAAGGGAUUAGAAGAGAGAUUAUUUGGGCUAGAAGAUCUGAUGCACAAAGCUCAGAGGCUAGUCCAGGAUCAACAGGAAUUGGCACAGGCAUUCCUUCAGAACCAGUCUCGGGCCUCGCACUUAAAAGACCCGAGCAUCUUCCCAGACCUGUGCUCGAGUCACGCAAAACAGCUUCAAAUUAUGGUAGACAACCACAGGCAGCUCAGGGAUAUCCAGCGUAGAUGCGCUGCUGCGAAAGACGAACUGUCCACUAACCUCAAGACGAGGCUACGCUGGAUAAUCUACGUAGAAACUUCGAUCUCGGAAGUGAGCCGGAAGUUGGUCUUCAACCACGAGAACAUGAAACGGCUGCACAGGUACCUGGAACUCUGUCGGCAGAUCCACAUGGCCCCGGGCAUCUACGUUCGGGCCGUCGUUGAAGUCGUGCGGCGGCGGAGUUUCUCGGUCGUCUUUCUCGAGUGGGCGAAAAAUAUAUCCGGGCAGUGCAGAGAACUCCUCAACACCGAACUUCGAAACAGGCAGGAGUUCAACUCGCAAAUUUCCAGCCACUUCCUCAGCACCUUAUUUCCGGGGCUAAGCGACAUCCCGCCAUCGUUUGCGACACAAGACCCCGGCCCUUUCGACGACAAGUUGCCAAUGCUGGCCAUGAGUGAUAUCGAUUUUCUGAGGGAAGCUCUCCCCGAGAUGUCUGAAUGGUUGGACGUGGUCCAGCCCCCUGACAUGCCCAGAGCAUUUGCCCAGUCGCCCAACAGUUCCUGCACCAGUGGCGCCCCCUCGCAGCAGGCAGCGGAGAUGUCCUCAAAGUCGUCCGUCACAACAACAAAGAUGGACACCACUCUGGAUGACAGUGACCACAAGGCCGCUCUACAGGACAGGAGUUUUUCUGGCCAAGAGGGAGCUCUUUCGGGGUCGGAGAAAAAAGAAAUGGAUGGAUCACAGCCAGCCUGUGGACAGGAUCGAGACAAAACGCCGAAGAACAUAGAGUCGGACGAGGAAUUCGAGGAAGUCAGCGAAGUCCCUUCAGCGGCCGCACCUGACGGGAUUAAUGCUGCGGCAGAGAGGAGCCUGGGAGGCGGAGAACCCCGAGAAACUGUUGGCCAUCGUCUCUCCGUUGCUCCAGAGUCCGACAGUGCCACGUCCUACGCCGUCGCUGCUGGCCAGGGAGAUCCAAUGACAACGCAGUCCCCCGACUCUCUGCCGCAGUUACAACUCGUUUCGCACCAUCCGUCGCAGGGCAAUACGUCGCAGGACUUCAUGACUGCGGACUUCUACAUCGACGAGUCCAUGCCUUCGUCUUAUUCCGACAGCAACGGCACAACGGUACGGAAUAACGGAUCUCUCACAAAGAGCCACCACGUGAUUGUGGCGGAACUACAACAACAGCUCGAAGAGAAGAAUGAAAACCUCGCGGAGGCCGAGCAGGGAGAGCUGCAGCAAAACUACGAGCAGCUGCGAAGGCUGAGAGGGGUGGCCCUAGGGCUGCGGGCCAUGGUGUGCGUGACGCAGUCGCAGAUGCGGAGCGACCUCAAGAGUCUCCGCGAGGACCUGGAGAGGGCCCAUCGCUUCAUUGUGGAUCAGAUCAGAGGUUUUGCGGAGCGUUUCAACGGGGUAAUUGCUGGCAUGCAGGACGAUGUUGAGGACAGCAAGAGAAGGGCAGUUGAGUCUGCCUUGGCAGACAUGCAGCACGCAUACGAGGCAAUGCAGAGCAAGUGCCAAAAUCAGCUGGAAGUGGAAGAGAAGAAGCUGGAAGAUGCCCACAAUGAGGUGGAAAUGUACCAGGAGAAGCUCAGAGAACUCUCGCAGAUGAUGGACAGCUUAAAGCACGAUUCGGAUUCUGCACUCGGAAAUCUCCAAAGCAAUAUGAACGAGGAACGGGAGGCCCUGGUUGCCAAGAUGACCCUGGAGCACGAAUUGGAACUGGAAGCUGCGAUGGAGAAGCUGAUGAACCUCAAGAAAGAUCACGAAGAAGUUGUGCAGGAAUUGGAUGAGUGCCUGCGCGAGAAAGAUCGCCAAAUCCAGAUGCUGUGUCGGGAGAAGCAGGACCUGGAGGAGUCCCUGACGUUGCGCUUCGUGGAGGAGAAAGCCCAACUUCAGGCUCACUGGGAGCAGCUCUGUUCGGAGCGAGAGAGUCGGUUGGUGCAGGAACUUGACGGCAACCAUGAACAAGAACUCAAAGGUCUUCGGUUGCAACAUGAAACGAUGCUUGCGGAAGUGCGGGAGGCCACUCGGUUGCAGUGCCAAAGAGACUGGGAGGCCAAAUUGUCUGAACUUAAGGAAGGGAUGCACGACAAGCCCAGUGACAUGGAAACUUCACAGGAUGAUUCACACAAGGAAGAUGAUCUCGCCCAGGUGCUUCUGCAGGAACAGGAAAAACAUCAGUCUGAGAUAACAUUGCUGAAGCAAGAUUUUGAAGCGCGGAUAAGUCAACUCCAAGCUGAUCAUGAGAAAGCCUUACAAGAAGCCUUAAACAGAACAGUGCAAGAUAAUGUUGAUUCACGAGAAGAGUCACAGAAUCGGGAAAAUGAGCUUGCAGUUUGCAGUGAAAAGGAACCAGGUCAAGAAGCAACAUUGGGACAGCAGGAUUGUGAAAAUUUGUCAUACGAGGGAAUCUCAAAAGUCACUCCAUUGCUGGAUGUUUCUGUGCUCUCGCAGUCUCGUAUGGACACUCUCACUGCCACUAGCAUGAUGGAAUCUACUGUAAAGCUGCCUAUGUUGGACCCCGUCUCGGAGCUGCGAAAUCAACUUCAGUACAAAGAACAGGAAGUUUCCAAACUGCAACAGAAAAUUAUGGAGAUGUCUGAUGUGUCAGGAGCUCAGGCACCCCCAAUUCCAGCCGACAAGGUUUCGAUUUUAACGUGCAAUGUAGGGGAUGUGGUGCUGCUAUGCUACGAUGAGGGCCACCAAAAUUAUGUACUCUUUGUACUGGGCCCUGUUCUGCACUUUCUACACACUGAGUGCCUUGAAACCUUGGGACUGAGGCCAGGUCCUGGGUGUACCCGAAAAGGGUGGGUACUUGCAGAAGUGGUGGAGAAGGAAUACUGCCAAGCGAAAAAGCCCCAAAAUAGGUACAGAGUGGCUGUUGGAACCCGUUUCUACCGCAUCAAGGCCAAGCCCUGGGACAAAGAGGCAGCCGUCCGCAGGGAGCAGCAGAGGCGACAGUCACUCAAGGCACUCAGCUCGCUGCAGGCGACGGCCGAAAUGUCAACUUCCCAGGAGGACCAAGCUGGCACCUCUGAAGAAAGGACGUCCUGAGAAAAUGGAAAUGGUUGCGCAAAAUUUUCUCACUGGCGGAGGACCAUAAUAAGCAGUGGCACCGAAGUUGUGUGUUGGACGGAGAUUGCCGCCCCCCUCAGUAGCCUUCAUUCUGAUGUACAACGAGGCCGUUUCGGAUACUGGGUGUGUCCGAGAGCUACCAGUUGCUAAAUGCUGAAGGCUCGAGCAAAUGGAAUCUUGAAAUUAUCUGUCAACACUGGAGCUGUGUGAUACAAUAGGAGACAACCGUGCGGUUUCUGCAGCGAGCGUGUUUUGAACACCUAUGUACCUGCUCUGCCUUCUUUCUGUUUCUUGCAUUUCAUAGGCGUUGUCACAGAUUCCCGUCUCUACGUCCUCGGUUUGGGGAUUUUGCCCGUAGGUGCUUAUGAACUGCGAAAUUAUUUCGGGGCUCUCGCCAUCUUCCUCGAGGAACAAAUUCUGAGGUGUGAAUGAAGCUAUGCAACCUCUACUUUUAUUUUCCUCAGUUUGUAGCUAAUAAUGCUCCCCCCCCCCCCCCCCCGGCUGUAUAGUUGUUCUCAAUAUGACAUUGGUCAAAAUACUCGUUAUUCCACCUCCUAAUGUGACUUUUUGUUUCCCGUUGGCAGUGCUAGGGGAAGUCUCAUCUUUUGAUCACGCUGUACGAUAAUUUGUAUCUUUCUCCCAUUCUCUUUUAAAUUUUUUUGAACACUUGG